AUGUCCGACAAAUUCGAUGUUUUCAGUCGCGGGGUCAAGCGCGCAUCCCCCUUCGGCACCUCUCUAUUCAUAGGACUACGAACCCUUGAUGUCUUUAUACAAUAUGGCAUUCUUGCCCGAGGCCUGGCAGACCCUAUCCUCAAUCACCUACCUAUAUCGAGAACUCCCAUGUCCUCAGCCUCGAUCGUUGCUCUUGGGCUCCCGUUGAAGGCCCUCAUUGUGCUUGGGAUGGCUGCGACCACCGCGAUGAAGCAGAUAUACUGGGUGCUAUUUAUAUCGCAGGAGGAAAUGCCACCCACUGGCGCUCUGGCAAUUGCAGCCGCCAACAUCCUCUUCAAUUCUCCGAGUUCGAUUUUAUCCAUGACAGCCGCAGCGUCCUAUUUCGCCCCCGCCUUCCUCACUACCGCCAACGAACAUACAGGCCUAUCACCACUGUUCCUCAUUGGCACUUUCUCGUUCGUGUUGGGCACAGUUGUGGAGCUUGCUUCGGAGAUACAACGGCGGGACUUCAAGAACGAUCCGAAGAAUGCGGGGAAGCCGUAUACGGGUGGACUCUUUGAGUUGGCUAGGCAUAUAAACUAUGGCGCAUAUUCGUCUAUGCGAUCAGGAUAUGCUCUAGCGGCUGGUGGGUGGAUAUGGGGCUCUGUUAUAGCUACUUUCUUCUUUAGAGACUUUGCUACGAGAGGUGUGCCUAUCUUGGACGAGUAUUGCACGAAGAGGUACGGGGCGCCGUGGAUUGAGUUCAAGAAGAAGGUGCCGUAUAAGUUGGUGCCUGAGGUCGUCUCGUUCCCUGCGGCUCUUUCAACUGAAUUCGAGGCAUUGCUUCAAUGA